CUUGAUUUUACUAUUAACCUACCCGACCGGCGUCUUUCUCAUCACCGUGUCACCCUGAAGGGAAACCGCCUUCUACUGUAUUCCGAAGCUUCCGUUUUCACGAUUUGAUUAAGAAUCUCAUUAUGCCACGAUUGCUGUCCAAAGUUGCCCGAAAAAUGGGCCUAGUUGGAGUUCGCAUCACGGUGGUGCGCUAUUCUCGCGGCAAAGUACGCAUUAUCCAGUCGGUCUUUCCAUCUGAUGAUUGGGAAAGUAUCAUCCCUGACGAAGAACAUGUAAUUGCGGUGGAGAAGCAUCAAUGGUGAGGCUGGAUUGACUGUGAGAUAUAAAAUAUAUAAAGGGAGUGGUUUUAUUGGGGUUGCCUCACAAUGUAGCCCCACGUGAUAUUUACACCGACAUUACGGAGGGCCUCCUCCUCCUACAACUGCCUCACGAGAGUCAGUUGCUUGCCUCUGCGGGUAGCUCGUCAUCUUUCACGCAGUCAAGUCUUGAUUUUGUCCCUCCCACCUUCCCUCUGUACAUAGAAUCCACUACAAUACAGACACAUUGCCUCCCUUCAGCGGAGCGCGGACGGGCCCAAUCUGACGCUACGGU